AUGGUGAACUCAAGCUGCGGUGCAGCAAUUGCUUGCUACACAUUGCCUCUACUGGCAUGCUGGUUCUAUAGCAUUCAAUCCAUUCGGAAUGUGAAGCUGCUGCUUUUGCAGAGGUUUGAGGGAACUUCGACCCCGCAACAGCCUUCAAACACCAAUGAUCCAGCAACGGCUGAGAUGGCCAAGCCGGUGAAGGUGGGUCAGUGGCCGAUGUGGUCGUUGGAAUUUGCGAAGCCAUCGAUUGGCCUCUUUAUCUGGUGCUGCUUUCCCAUGUUCGGUUAUGGGGUCAUCCGUGGCUUCAGUGACUGUGACCAGUAUGGGUGGUUUUGCUGGACAGUGGAGGAUCAAUCCACUGAAUCUCAUCUCCGAAAUCUCCUCCACUUGCUCAGCGGCAGCAUUGUUUUGGCAUGGCUUUGCAAAGUCCCGCCAAGUAAGCCGCAGCACCGUGCCUUGUUUGUCGCAGUUGCUUGUUGUGAGUUUCUCACCAACAAGUUCGUUUGGAAGAACUGCGAGGAGUUCAUGGCUCACAGUCUCUCCACGGACAGCACCUUCGGUUCCUUUGACAUUUUUAUUGCAAUGACAACAAUGCUAACGCUUCUCAUACUGAUGUGCGAAGGCCUCCCGAGCCUGCGUCGAUGCUUCUACAAGCUUUUUCGGAUGACAGGAGUUACCGUUGGUGAGCCAAAUCCUGAAGUCCAUUUGAACUUUCGGGGCCAGUGCCAUUACCUAAUUUACGUGUUCCUGGUGAUACUCUUUCACGGGUUCCUCUUCAUCGCCUUCUCAGACGACUUUCACAUGCAUCAUUACUGGGUCGGCUUCAUCGUGGCCUCUGGCUGCAUUUUCCCAACUCCACUCUCAAGACUCAUGAUGUUGAAGUCUGUCAUGAUGUUCACAGACGGGAUUGGAGUGUGGGGUGCCGACGCGAUUGUUGGCAAGGAUGAUGGUGGCAUGUCUGACGGUGAUGGCGACUACCGGUUGAUUCUAUGUGUGCUUGUGAUACUUGCGUUCACUGUUGCGCUUGGCGUGAAUUUAUACCGAAAUCCACGGCUGAAAGCAUGGAUGAGUGGGGACACGAAGCAUCGCGCAACAGACACUGAAUGA